AUGACUGAGAUUAAGCGCCCGAGGGUGGACCAAAAGAGUCUCGAUGGAAGCAAGAAACAGAAGACAUUGAUGGACUUUUUCGGUGACAGGAAAAGUGAAGGUGCUACGCUCGAAAAGACUGGAGGACCUGGUACUGAAAAGGCCGUGGAGGCGUUAGUGAUUGAAGAAACGAAGGAAGCAAGGAGUACUUCGCUGGAAACUAGCGGAAGGUUCGACAAAGAGCUUUUUCGCCAGCAGUUGUCACAACGCGAAACAGAAUUAUUGAGUCUAGAGCUGAAUACGAUAGAAGAUGCAUGGUUCAACAAACUAGCCCCUGAAUUUCGUAAGGGUUAUUUUUUGAAACUGAAAGAUUUUGUACUUGAUCAACAAAAGCAAUUCACUGUCUUUCCCCCAGCAGAGGAUGUUUAUUCGUGGAGUAGACUAACCACUUUUGAGCAUGUCCGGGUGGUCAUCAUUGGCCAAGAUCCCUAUCACAAUCACAAUCAAGCUCAUGGACUCGCUUUUAGCGUCCGAGACCCAAUACCUGCUCCACCGUCCUUAAAAAACAUUUAUAAAGAACUGCGGGAGAAUAACUAUGCGGAUUUUCAGAUCGACAAUAAGGUUGGUGACCUGACAUCAUGGGCCAAGCAAGGGGUGCUUCUUCUUAAUACGUGCUUGACAGUCAAAGCUCACAACGCCAACUCUCAUUCCAAGAGAGGUUGGGAGCAGUUCACCAAGCGAGUUGUCCAAUUGAUAAUAGAAGAUCGGAAGAAAACGAAGCAGCCCUUGGUAUUUCUCUUGUGGGGAAAUAAUGCGAUGCAUCUCGUGAAAGGAAUAUUGGGGACGGUUCCUGACAACUUCCUGGUACUCAGUUCCGUACACCCUUCACCGCUAUCUGCGAGCAGAGGCUUUUUCGGAAAUAAACAUUUUAAGAAGAUCAACGAGUGGCUCUAUGAGCGGAAUGAAAGUAUGAUAGAUUGGAGUGUGGCUCCUGGGAGCUCAAUAAAAGAGAUAGAGAAGAAGAACCUUGUAUUGAACCUAUAA